AUGGCGGAGGUACUGGAAGAUGAAGAUAUGCAAGUCUUGGUAAGAAAUCAGAAAGUGUUGCAAAAUGAAAGCAGGAGAGCAUUUAAAACGGUUUCUUAUGAAUGCAUUUGUCUUUUCUUGAUAAAGAGGUUGGAGUUUGAGUGGUUGCUGCGUGAACAUGUACCGAAGGUGCUGAUCCAACUUGGAAACAUUUUACAGGUAAAUUUAAAUUCUAACACACCCCCCUGCUAGUCCUUGUAGUCAUUUUGUUUAAGAGAGAGAUGCUCUAAAGAACUUUUUGGGGUGGAUUCAAUCAAAAUAUAAAGUGAAAGGUAUAUUCAUCAGCUAUAAAUGAUGAUAAAUGUUGUCUUGUGCGUGUGUGUCUGUGUGUGCUAAUAACACAUGGAGCAGCUACCGUCGGAAUAUAGAGCCACUGACAUUCACAUUGUCAUCAAGCUUUAAACGAAGAAAGAGGAAUUGUAGAACAGAUAAUAUGAUGAACUGAAUCGUACAUGCACCUUUAACUUUAAAUAGCUCUGUCAGAACUCGUAAGCCAAGAUGAUAUCAUAAUAAAGAAGCAUAUGGUAAGGUUAUCUUCAUGGCAUGGCUGAGCUCAAGUCUUAGAGGCCAAGUAGCCCAGUGCGACUGAGAGUAUCUCUUCUCCUCCGGAGAUGUGGGGCUUUCAUAGGUUGCCUCCCCCCUCUGCUCCACCCCCAGCAUCUUUAAGGGCUCCCUCACAGUUUGGAGAGGCACUGAGGAAGUUAGGUAUCUUGCCUCAGAACAUAGCACAAUGAUGUAGCAGGGUCUUGAACCUAAACAUCUCAGGGGGCUGUCCUGGUGUACCGGUACAAGGGGGAAUUCCUAUUGUUUUCAUAUCCAUACAUGGAGUUGUGACGCAGUUUGUUAAUGUUUCGUUCCUUUGUGUACCGGUACACGAGGACACAACCCACCUCAGUUGGGAAUCCAACGUGCAUAUCAUUAGGCUGGUGUAUCUUGUACAUGGCAUGGCGUAGCAUAGCUUUAGUGAUAAUAGAAGGAGAGAACCUGGCUGUGGCUGGUUAUAUCUUUGACUCGUUCAUCACACUGGGAAAUUACAAUCUUGUCAAACCUAUAGUUUUAUCUAUUACAUCUUAAUUAUUUGUUUCUUCAUUUUCUUGAAUUGUUAGUUUACUUACUGAACAGAGGGUGGGUUUGUUGAGGGGCUUAACCCUUUAACUCCCAAGAUCUGACUUUUAAUUCUCCCUUCUACCUGCUAUGUUUCCUUGUAAGCAAGUCACAAGAAGUUGAUGUUAGAUCAAGGUAACAACUUCUACCUGAUAAGUUUAAGUAUUCUCAUUACCUGUUCACUGGACUAUGUAUGGAUAUUUCAGAGAGAAAUUAGUUUUAAAUCGCUCCUGGUAGUUAAAGGGUUAAGACAAUUUUAGUGAAAGUUAAGAAUUUAAGGAACAGUGAAACAAAUAUAUAUUUUUUAAAUUUUCAUUUAAUUAUUUGAAUUGAAGGAAUGUUCAAAAUGUUUAAAACUAACAAGUGUACCAUCAAAGGGACCCACAGGAGAAUUACAGGGUAGGAACAAGAACAUGAAAAUGCAUUUUUUUUGGGUUAUUCUCAAUAUCUGUUCAAUUUCCAAAUCCUUUUUUUGCCUAUUCAAUUAUUUUUUGAAUAAACAUACUCUUAUUUUUGUCAAAUUUUUAGGAGAAAUAAAGCCACAAGAUUACUUUAUGCUUUCCACACCCAAGUAAGACAAAGGCUUAUUGUUAAAUUUUUAUAUUCAAAUUAAACAUUUAAUUAAGGGCUAAAAUCUUUUAAAAUUUAUUUGAUGAAUCUCAUACAGGUUAAUUUUUCUAUUACAGCAGUGACGCUCUUAAAGGUUAUGUUGCUGUGGAAGGUGAAAACAUUUCAAAAGCUGUGAGUUACUUAAUACCUAUUCUUUGAGGUCGCUUUUUUAUCUGGCUAUGAAAUACUCAGUGAUACAGUCUUAAAUGUAAUCUAAAGGAUCAGAACUAGGUUCUAUGAGAGCUGAUAUAGAGGAAGUUCACCAACCUUUAUACAUGUACUGUGUAUAAGAGAAAUCUGAUUCAGGACUGUUAUCAUCCUGCCAUCAAAUAUUUUUUGCAGGACCUCAAAUUUAAACUUCCUAAAGUCUCAAGCUCUGGUUUCCGUGUGUUUGUUAAAGAGCGGCUGCCAUGGAAAUUAAAACAGGUGAAAAUAUCUUUUUUUUUUCAUUUUAAAGAGCUCUUUUCUUUACAUUUACUUUACUUAUUUCCAACCCAGUUUUAACAUCUGGAGUUAAUUUUACUUGAUCAUGUUUUAUUUGGUGACUAAUUAAUGUCAAUAAUAUUUCAUUUUUGUAGAUUCAAGAUGCUAUAAACUACUUGCAACUUGCUAUUGAGAAGGUUCAAGAAACCAAAGCUAACUGUAAAUUUUCUUCUGGAAAAGAAGUCAGCAAGGUAAGAGAUUUUGAAAUAUUUAUUUAAUAAUGUUGGAAGGGUCUCAGUUGUGUUUACAGACAGUUCAACUUAGUUUGUUUUUGUUCCAAUUUAAUAAUUUUUUAUUAGGUUGUAGAAGAAAUAACAAGUCUCUUGACAAAGGGAAAGACCAGACUAUCUUUGCCUGACAAAACACCAGUUUUAGAUAUGUUGGCAUCUGGUGACCAGGUACACCUGAAUAUUUAUUAAUUUUUAAUGAUAAAUAGUUAGCUUUAAAUGGUAUGCUUGCAUCACUUUUUGAGUACUGUUCCUUCUCUUUCAGAGAGUGUUCAAGCCUGGGUUGCCAGAUGAUGUGGUAGCAUACUUCUGCCUCAAUAGCGACAAACUUGUCUUGUCAAUUUACACUUUAACAACACUUCCUGUUCCACCUCAAAGUUCAGUAAGUUUCUUUAAAUAAGCAUUACUGUGUGUGUUUACAUAUCAAGAAUUUGAUAACAUGUGCAUGCAUCACAAACUGUAUAUUAACUGAUUUUUAAUGUUAUUGUUUUUUUACCUCCCAUUUAGAAGCCUCCUCAAGAGAAUGACCCUGUUGGACAAACAUUGUAAGCACUUUUUCACUUUGUAUAGUGUGAUCAUCAGGAGCGAAGGCAGGGUUUUCAUUAACCCUGUACACCCUGACAUCAGUAUCCAUAUUCUCCAUACUCUUCUCCAGACAUUUCUUUUGGUGCUGACAAGGAGAAUUUGUUUAGCAAUCAAAGCUUGUUUAGUUGGCAAUCAUUUCCUAGAUUCUGGUCACUCUUAGGGUUUAAAGGGCUAAGGAAUGUAGUUGCAGGAGUAAAAAGGUGAAAUAACAGGAGGAUAUUUUCCACCUCUGAAUAAAAAAAUAGCUCAGACCAUCAAAAUGAAGCCAGAAAAUUAUGUUAAGUAGCUGGUGAAUUCUCCAGCUGUCUAAGAGACCUCCCCAUGUGAGGGUUUUCUUGAAAAAAAGCUCUUGUUCGUCAUUGGCUUUAUGUUUUGGUAACCUGAGUAGGAGUCAUUAUCUGUUUAUCAAUGUUGAGUGUGGAUGGAUAACAUCACUGAAAUUUUGAUUGUAGAAAUGAUGGUCACAGAGUUCCCAGAAUAAUCCUUUCAGAAAUUACUCAUCCAGACAAGCAUGCUGAUGUGACUUGUGAUUGUUGAAUAUCUCUUUGGUAGAAUUGUGCAUCAGAAUUCUGUACUCUCUCCUACGGGGGAAUGACAAUAAUCAUUAUCUCAAUCUUGAUCAGGUAUGAACAUUUAAUUAAAUUUGAUAAUCUUUUCCUUUGCAUAUAAACAGUGAAUUUAAUAACAAAUGGAUGGAAAUCACAAGUCACUUUGAGGUAUGGUAAACUUGUCUAUUUUGCAACAAAAAAAAACAUUGCCAUUGUCAGUUUUAUAUAUUUUCUAAAUUAGGCCAUGAAAUUUUGAAUUGUCAUUCUUUUGAUAAUUUUUUUACUCAUUUUGCAUUCCUGUUGACUGUACAAGGUUGAUUGUUCAAUCCCAAGACUCAGUGAUUCUGUUUUACUCAUUGGAGCAGCACUGAGAUUGUGUCAACAAUUGAAAGACAAGGUACACAUGGUAUUGUGAUUGUUAAAGGAAGGCUUCCUGGGUGAUUGCAAGAUAAUUUGGCCUUCUCAACUGAGUUGGUGAUGUGAAUUGGCUACUGUAGAGAGUUUCUAUGGCAGAUACUUUGUUAGCUCCUUUAACUCUGACAAAGGGUCCAUGCUCAAAAAACCAGCAUUAGAAACUUGGGAUCAAUAUCAGUAUCUGGGCAACUGCUCACCUACCCCUCCCCUAACUCAACAACAGUCAAUUGACAACAAGUUAAGGUUAAUGUUGAGUUAGGGAAGGGGUAGGUGGGCAGUUGCCCAGAUACUGAUAUUGAUCUGAAACUUGUUUCAGCGGCAAAUUGUUCACUAUCAACUCAGUUGAUGAAGGGACAGUUUGGAUGUACUACUUUCAAUUGGUUAUUUUUCUGUUCUUUGCAGAUGACUAUGUUUUUUAGUGGUUUCCUACAAGGAAGUUUGAAAUAAGUCAAUUUAUAAUUUGUGAUAUUUCAACUAUGAUAAAAAUGUCCAAAAAUUUAAAAUUAGUUUGAAUUGAAAUAUUUUAGCUUGAUAUGCUUAGCUGCCUUUUUACUGAAUAAAUCUUUGUUGUUUAGUUUGCAGUUUUUUCUGUGCUUCCUGCAAGAUGAUCAUGGCAAUUUUGAGUCUUAGAUUGGAAAGAAGAUUUGUUUAUUUGAUGUCUUUUAUUGCUCAAAUAUUGAUACCUCUGUUACACUAGCUGAAAUUGUAUGAUUGAGUAAAUUUCUAUUUGUAAUUCCUGAUUAAUCUUUAAACUCCCAGAAGUGAUUAACAAGUAACAUUUACCUAUAAUAUCUGUACACUAUCCUGUAAAAUCAGGUAAUGAGAAUAUUCAAACUUAUUAGGUAGAAGCUGUUAUCUUGAUCUAAUAACAAAUUCUCAUAACUAAUUUACAAGGAAAUAUGUAGCAGCUAGAGGGGAGAAUUAACAAUCAGAUCUUGGGAGUUAAAGGGUUAAAUCAAGAAAGAAGUGAGGGUGUACAAUUGACAGUUUCCUAUGUUCUUGAAAACUGAGUUCAAGACCUCAACAUAAACAAUUAUGAUUAUGUUUUUCAAGUUCUUCACCCACUAAUGAAGGAGUAGUUAGUCUUUAAUGAGGUCCAUCUAGAUUUUUGAUCUUAUUUUAAAUAUUGAAAUACAUUGAUUCAACAGAUAGGAAUUCAAUUUUAUAAUUCAAUUUUAUUUAUUAAGUCUUUAAGACAGAGGUAUGUGAAUUUAUAAGAAACAUUGUUUUAGUGAGGUUUUUAUUAUCAGAUCAAACUUUUGAUUGGCCUCUUAUUUCUCAGUUUGUUUCAUGAGUGAGAUUUCUAGUGAUCAAGUUGGGAAAUACAAGGAGGCCCCAGAGUAGUAUAUGUGUAGCUGUACCGUACUUACAAAAUAAGGUUGGGAAGAUUUAUCUAUAUUUAAGGGUGUUUUUAAUAAAACAAUUAUUCCACUUG